ACUUGGCGGCGGGUCCAAAGGAAUGGCGUCCCAGGACAAGCACCACUGCACGUACUGCAAUAUAUGGGUCCAGGGCGACCGCGUCAGCAUCCGCAACCAUGAGGCCACGCAGCGCCACAAGGACCGGACCCAAGCGCAGUUCAAGAUCCGCACGCGCGACCGCGAGAUCGCCGAGCGCCAAGAGGCCAACAUGCAGCGCGAGCUCGACCAAGUCGAACGCAACGCACGGGCUCGGUUUGCACGCGACAUGGCAGGGAAGACGCGCACGCAGGCCGAGACGCCGAUCGACCUGCCAGCCGUCGGUCCGCUGCCUCGGCAAGUCGCACAACUUGCAGCGCCUAGCGCCAUGCCACCACCACCGCCGCCACGUAUGGUCGCCCCGCCGCCGCCGCCGCGAAACGUCCCCAUGCGGCUCGCCCCACCUGUCCACGCGUAUCCGCAAGCGCAGCAGCCGUACCUUGCGGCGCCGCAACACAGUGUAGCACCACCGCCGCAGGUACCACCACCGCGGGUGCCACCGCCACGCGUACCGCCGCCGCAGGUCCCGCCACCCCAAGUGCCACCGCCUGUGAUGGCGCCGCCGCCUGCCCCCGCCCCCGAGCAGAGCCCUGGGUUCUACGUCGUCCGUGGCACCGUGUACCUCGAAGGCCAAUUCCACGAAUUCAAGCUUGUACCAAAAAAAGUCUGCGAGGUCUGGGUCGAGGACCUCGAGGACUGGCGGCCCGCCACGAUCAGCAGCGUCGAGACCGACAAGAGCACCAAGCCUCCAACGAAGCGGUACGCUGUCGCGUACAAGGCCACGGACGACCGGACGGCGGCGGCAGUCUCUGGUGUCUUUACGAGCGACCAGCUCCGGCUCUGCCUCACGCUGCCGACCGAAGUUGCAACGGCCGAGCAAAUCACGGAAAAUGGCGGCAACGGCUUCCUCGACGCUCUUUACCAGGGUCGGUCGACGCAAUAUCUCGCAGCCCGCGCGCCAGGGUACGGCGAAUGGUCGACCGUGUCGGUGCGCAUCGUCGACGACGCCGUCGAGGAGAAGGCCCGGGCGGAUGAGGUCGCCGCGUUUGAAGCCUCCAAGAAGGCGAUCCAGCUCGAACGCGACAACGAAAUGAUCAUGGAAGAGUCGCUGCACGCCGACAACGCGCUCGGGGCGUUCAACCCGUGGGGCGGCAGCUACAAGGGCAUUGCGCUGGACGACGACGUGCGGUUGCCUCUGAGCGAUGACGAGGCGGCGCCGGCGGCGCCCGUGGCCUUCAAGAAGCGUGCGCGCAAGGAGAAGAGCGGGCGCAACACGCGGCUGAAGCUUGGAGACGACGACGCGUAGGUGCAACAUAGAGCUCAACCCAUGUAUAUCGUGUGGUGUUACGUCAUUCUUCUUCUUCAUGCACAAGCGAAUUUACAUCUGCGCGCCCUGCACCUUGAUGCGCUCCGCGUCAAGGUACGCCGUGCCGUAGGGCAAGAACUCGUCGCUGUGUGUGUCGGC